AUGGUGGUGGAGAGGAGGCUAGUUAACAAUGGUGGUUCCCAUGGCAACGAAGGUACUAGUAUUAGUUUGCGGUUAACAACUUUUCGUAUGGUGGCAUUGAAGGUUCACGACGUUGGGAGUUCACAUGUUAACGGUGCACGAAGACAAAGAGAGAAUGAUAGAAGGGGAGCUGGUUUUGGCAACGGCGACAAGUGGAUAGAGAUUGAAAGGAGAGGCAAUGGUGACAAUGGCGACCAAGAGAGAAUGAAAUGA